AUGCAAAUUGGACGCGAAAAUGACAUAUUUAUCGGUUCAAUGGACACGAUUCCUGCUUCUCUUAGUGGCACAGACGACGAAGGUGAAAAUGCACCGACACUGAAAGAAUAUUUUAAACCCGACGGCUUACUGCGUGUGGGACGAAGUCGAUGCGGCUUCCCUGAUAAAAACGACCACUUGGUUCAGCUCUUAGUCUGCAAGAAUCAAAAAACGAGAGAAACACUCGACAUUUCAGAGAAUUACUACAUAGCAGUGACAAUUGCUCGGGAUGAUGGCCAACUCAGUGAUCCAGUCGACUGCGACUACAUGCGUAUCAAAACUGAAACCAAAAAUGGCUUGAAACUUUCCAUGGCGGGUGUGGCCGGGUUUCUCUUCCGUUUUUAUGAACCAAACACCAAGUACUUAGUCACUUUCGCUCUGAAAACCGGUCCAACGACGAAGAAGAGUAAAAAGAAACGUAAAAAACAACAAAGCUUGUGGAAAACGGUGAGCGAACUUACAAUCAAACUGGAAACGGGGUCGAGACAGUGUAACUCACGGAAGCAUAGAAAGGCUCUGGCAACAAGAAUUGUGACCCCACAGUCUGAGUUGGAACCUGCCUCGCUUACUGAAGAAGGUAUGGAGCUUUUUAGGCGAUCUAUGUGGGUGAUGAAAGAGUUACAAUCGCUUCGUGACAAUGCGAGGUGGAGUGAUUUCAACGAUCGCGCAAAUGAACUUUUGCUGUCAUAUUCAGAUACGGACACAAUUGUUGCCAUUAAAUUGGAGCAGAGUGUGGCGGCCUGUUACAAGAACGAUUUGGAACCCGCCUUACAGCUAAUCGACGAGUCCUUCAGUCUCAUGUCGGGAGCCACUAACGUCCAAGUUUUAGCUGGAAGGGGCUACGGCUACCGCGCUGGUGUCAAGAGACGUCAGCGGCGCCUUGGCGAAGCUCAACAGGACGUUCAGUUGGCAGAGCAAAAUAUUCGCGCGUGUCACACGAGCCUUGAUGCGAGCUUCAUUGUUUACGAGAGAGCGAGCGUGUUGCUAGAUUUCAUCGGCCGCCUGUCUCAACGGAGCCCCAAACAAGUAGAAGAGGCUUUACGUAAUUUGGAAAAGUGUAUCGAUGUGUGUUUGAGCGUUGAAAAGGAAGAUGAGGAAUUGUAUGUGAAGAAACAUCACUUUGCUUUCAUAAAAAUUGCAAUGCUUUUGCUCGAUUGCCGCACAGAGGCCGCACGUGAACGUGUUCUGAGCGAAGAGUUCAUCGCAAAAGGCGAGAAGGGUCUAAAGACGCUGGAAACCAAAUACUGGUCGCAGAUCGCAGAAGGAGUCAAAGUUCAGUUCUACCUGGCAAGUUCAGACUUAGAAUACCGAAAGGGAAACUAUCAAAACGCUGAAAAUUUUGCCAGUUUAGCGAAGGACAGAGCGGUACAUCUGGGUUUCAACACGGAAAUUUCUCACGCACAAGAUCGACUCGAUCACAUACGUGUCGUCACGCGUGGAGCUCAUAAUGCCAGGCCUUCGUACGUGGCCAGUGGCGCAAGUGCUAGUGAGGGAGAGUAUGGCGAUAUCAGCUCAGACAUUAGCCUAUCGGGUUCUGAGUCGGAUUGGCAAAAGAUUUUGAAGCCUACUGAUUAGUGACCGGUCACACAAUGCUCGUUUACCUGCCAUUACUAAAUAAACCGUCGUCAACCAAAACGAUGGGGGAGAUCAGUAUUGGAACUCACAUCUUCCAAUCUCUUGGGUGAAUAGCCAUCAUGUGCGUAGUAUUUGACUCUAGUAAAAAAAAAAAUCAAUCAUGACUGUAGAGCGAACAAUCAAACAAACAUUAGUGACUUAGCAAUGCUGAAUCAAUAAUUACGAUAAGUUGUACUUGCUUGAUUGAAAUCAAUGUCUUCGAUUACAAUCAAUAAUUUUCCAUACAAGGAGCCUGUGAUUAAUUGAUAAAACAGAAGCCGCGGAUAAGUUUUGAUAAUCGAGGUCUUUUUAGGGAACAGUUAUAAAUUACUGUUCUGUUUUCGCGCAUUAAUAAAGGCCAAAAGUUUUGGGACUUUUCCAGUGAGAUUGGUAACUAAAGACCUCCCCCUCCCAGCCCAAACAAUGUUGAAUUGACCACAAUGGAAGUAAAUGAGUCCUUUUUGGGCGCAUCAUUGCUGAGAGGAGUAGGGAGGGCGGGAGCCUGAAGGGACGAAUCAAAGCCAUAUGCCAUAGAUAUUCCUAUCGAUUAUUUUGGCUAAUCAGUUGACAGCUGUUGAGUAGAGUAUUCGAUCGAACUAGCCUGAAUCAAUGUCGAUGGCGUUCUUACUGAACGAAUAAAUAAUGAGUAAGACAUUGGUCAAAGGGACGCGACAUUUUUAGUAUUCACAACUGAUCAUGAAACAGGGUUUAAAAUAACAAUAAACAAACAAAUAACAUACUGUAAAAAUUCAGUCAGAGGUAACUUCUAAGACAUUCUAGGUAUAUAUAUAGGUCUUGACAAGUCAUGUAUCAAAUAUGACCCUUAGGCCCGUUUCAAACGUUGCGUUACUGCCGUGCAUGUCGAGUGCGUGGCUGGCUCGAAUGUCACUCAUAACCAUUCAGUCGAAUAAAACAGAUUUUGUCAAAAACAAAUCGACUUUAAGUACGAUGUUCUGCUACUGCCGUGCUUAAGACGAAUCCGUUAAUUCGGUCUAAUGACCUCUCGAGUUCGGUCAGAAGAGAAACCAAUACUGGGCGGAUGGAAGGCGCCUUCCAUUUGCUUGAAACGAAUCUGAAAAAAAAUGCAAAUGAGCGAGAAAAAUAGAUUUUCCAUCAUUACAUUAGCAUGAAAUUCAGCACAUGUGAUGGCAGCGAAAACGUUACCUAAAACAUAGUUUGCCGCUGAUUCAAACCUCAUUCUCGCUUAAAUUGUCAAAUGUUGGUGAAUUUUCCUAGAGUAGAAUUCGUAAGUAUCGUAUCCUGAAGCUCAGAAAAAGAAAAUAGAAAUCUUCGGACGGUCUCGUGUUUACGUUCUCCAUAAAACAUAAAAGCAGAAGUCGAAAGACCCAUUCACACCAAAGCUUAAACAGGGUUUAUAGGCCCGUUUGCAAGUAUCGCGUAUCAAACGUUAAAAAAUUAAAUAUAAAUAUUUAGUAGUUUAUUUAAGGGAUCACAAAAAGAUGUACUUAUACUCCAGCCAUCUAAUAGCCUUUGGACUGAAAUUUCGCGACAGAUGAUGGUCUGGAUGUGGUCCUUUUUCAUUUUGACUUCGCGAGCGUGCGGGGAAUCCCCGAACAGUGACGUCAUUUAAGGGUUAAAGUCUCUGCCAAAAACAUAAACAGUGCUCUGCCUAAGACUAACAUAUGUUAGCGCCAGCAAGUUCGUAUGCUAUUGGAAACGAGUCGGGGCUUCUAAGUCGUCUAAAACAAAUUAUUGUCUUUCAACUGAAAGAAGGAAACGAAAACAAGCGAAAUAGAAGGUUUGUAUAGGUGUUUGAAACGGACAGACUAACUAUUGCGUAGUAAGAAAUGUCUCUUCGACAAGGUGGACGGAGGGCUUUGGUUUGUGAGUCCCUCUCAAAAAGUAAAAUAAGAGGACAUGUAGUGGAAGUUUUACUGCCCAAAUGCAAGAAGAAAAAUGACAAAGAACUCUUACUGCUGAAACAUCGACAAGGACGUAUUAUAGUCAAAGCCCAGACUGUUUGUUUACAAUUGGGAGAUCAUAACAAUUUUCAUGUUAAUGUCGUUGACCUCGCAAUGCCCGAUGAUAUUUCCGACCUGCUCACGAAAGUAUCCGACGACGACGAAUUGGUUAUUCGUGUCUUACCGAGAAAUGGUGAACCUGAAGAAUUUAUCUUGAAAGGAGAUGCAAGCGUUACUUUUCCAUCGAUUAACAUUUGUGCCGACUUUUUCAGGAUUAUUCCACCGUCGGAUGAAAAUCCUUCCAUAGACUCUUCCUUAGGGAUUACAGUUGAUUCUCAAAUCCACACCAGCGAUGCUCAGAUCGGAGACUGGAAUAAAGCUGUUAUUAACUCCCGAGAGGGGUUUUGCGAUGUGUUUGACAGUACUCGGCCAAUCCUUCGUGUACUCUGGCCGCCUCCGAAGUUUGUUUCAGUUUCUCUUAAUACAAACGAUUUUCCAAACUUCGAGAGAGAUCAUUGGGUAGUGCUUGAAAUUUGCAAGAAUCGCUUUGAUGGCCGAGCUUUUGAAUACUGCUUUGAGGAUAAAAUAAAGAGGCAACAGGGAAUAAUCUUUUGUAAAAGCUCAUGUGGCUUAUCCUUGGCCGGAUCGAAGAAAAUGAAAGGUUUCUACGAUGUUGACGUGACGGUAACAGAAAGAAGUCAAAAUGAGAAAAUCGACGUCAAAGAAGGAGUGAUGUUCAAACGCGAUACUAGUUUCGAAAAUCUUCGAGGUUUAGUUGGGUUUUGGUUCCGUUUCCACACCGCCAAUAAAAGAUACAUCAUUACUUUUUCAUUGUGGGAGAAAGAAUCUAGAAGUCAGCAAAGUGGGAUCCUUCUGGAUGAGGUACAUCUAGAUAUUGCUGUCGAAACAAGCAAACGAGAGCGUCCACGGCCAUCAAGAGACAGAAAACGGUUAUACCCCAACAGGGAGGUCCGUGAAGGGGAAUCAGUUUCGGAUGAAAUUCACAGUAAACCUACGUCACUUCCGGAGGGAGGUAAUGAAGCAAUUCAAGGAAGCGAACAGUUUUCACCGAAAGAUAACGGAAAUCAACCAUGCUUGUCCAUUUCGGACGAAACAAUAUUUUCCGGAGAGAAGCUUCCGAGAUGUAAUCACGUAACGGCUGUAAAACAUAAACAAACAUCACCUAAAAGGAAACGACACAGAAAACCUUCAUGGCCCGCCAAGGAGAUCCCUGAAGAGACAUCACUUCCGGGUGAAAUUCAUAGUAAGCCCUCGUCACUUCCGGAGGGGGGUAACGAACUCGAAGCUGUCGAAGCAAGCGAACAGUUUUCACCGAACAAAAACGAAAAGCAACCGUGUCUGCCCGUUUCGGAAGAAACGAAAUCAGUUUCCGGGGAGGAGCUUCAGGGAAAUAAUCACAUGACGACUGCAAAACACAAACAAAAACGUGCACCACCUAAAAGGAAAAGUCAACGAAGUCAUUUACUUAAAAGGGAUUAUUGCAAUGGUGAAGCGCGGUUAUUAGGUCAGGCUUCCCAAUUUAUGUCAAAAGAAAUACCACUUCCGGCGGAAGUUGACGGUUCGGUCUAUGAGCAGAGCCUGAGAAUUAUGGAAGUUUUGGGAGAUUUACGCGAUAACGGAAAAUGGAAAGAAUUCGAUUGCGAAGCUGAUCAGUUGCUUACGAAUUUUUUUGACUGCAAUAGCCUUCUGAUUACUGUCAUUCUUGAACAAGGAAAGGCUGCUUGCUUUCGAAACGACCAAACGUCUGCGGAGGAUUUUAUUAAGAAAGCAUCGUUGAAAAUUCGGCAUGAAUCUUGUAGCUUGGUAUCCCUGUGGAAAGGUCGGGCGAAUACCUAUCUGGCGGAGAUUUACGGAAGAGAUAAGCUGGCAUUUGGUAAAGCACAGCGAUGCAUCACGUCUGCGAAGAAGUAUCUAAAGAACACAUCCUACCUUUUAGACCGUGUCUGCCUUGCUUGCGAAGAGGGCAGCCUGCUUCUCCAACAGUCUCACUUAUCAUCCAUGGCGGAAGAAUCCAGGCGUUGCUUUGAGAGCUCUAUCGAGUUAUGCAACCUUGGCUUAGAAGAAAGCCCCAACAACCGUCUGCUUCUAAGAACGCACGACCUGGCAGUGACGAAGAAAGCUAUGCUUCUUCUGCAUUUUUCCAAAGAUUACGGACCGGGCGGAAACUUAGUGAAUGAAAAAACACUUCUUGAGGCAAGGCAAUGUCUCGAGAGUCUAAAACUCGCCUCCGUUACGGAAAUGACAAAGACCGCACAAGUUCAAUAUCAUUUU